UGGUAGCGGCAAGACUUCGGUUCCCUCCGCCGCUUUCAGCUCCGUCUUCCACGCUUCUGCCGCCCCUUUUCUCGGUCUUUCUACUCCGGUAAAUCCCGGCGGAGUCCAUUGGAGAACCAGCCGGGACCGCGAAGCUGCUGGGCGGACUCUGACGGUGACUUUUCAGACGCUUCAGGCCUUUGUCAUGAGGAUCAAUCUGCGGAGUGACGUCGUCAGGGGAAACGCUGCCGUCUGCUUUACGCCUGCUGUGGAGUGACCGAGCCGCCACGCGAACUGAAACGCUGAGCGUGGAAACUCGUGGUUUUCCUCCCCUCGUUUUCUCUGGUUGACGUCACACCGGCCAACAUCAUGGAGCUCCUCAUCCUCUGAGGUUCUUCAUCGUUCUGUGUCACUGCGGUGCCGAGGAGGAGGGGGGCUUCUACCAGGGAGGGGGGUGGGGGGGGGGGGUGGGGGUGGGUGAGGAGUGAGGACCAGCCGUCUGACAUGUCGGAGCAUCUGGGGUCCAAGACCGGAUCCGGGAUGCUGCGGCCAGAUGCAGUGCGGCCCAUUGGGCCGGAGGCUCUGGUGGUGCUGCUGGAGGGGGGGCUGGACCGGGUGGUCCUGAUUGACAGUCGUCCUUUCGUGGACUACAACGCCUCGCACAUCCUGGAGGCCGUCAACGUGAACUGCUCCAAGCUGAUGAAGAGGAGGCUGCAGCAGGACAAGGUUCAGAUCGCCGAGCUGCUGCAGCACUCAGCCAAGAAGAAGUUGGACCUGCAGGCUGAUCAGGAAGUCGUUGUCUACGACCAGAACUCCUCGGACCCUGCCGCUCUCGGUUCCGACUCUUUCCUCAGCGUCCUGCUGGUCAAACUGGAGAGGACCUUUCCCUCCGUGCACCUGCUCUCAGGCGGCUUCUCAGAGUUUUCUCACCUGUUUCCUGGUCUGUGUGAAGGAAAAUCCACUUUGGUUCCCUCCUGCAUCUCUCAGCCCUGCAUCUCUCAGCCCUGCCUCCCUGUCACCACCGUCGGACCGACCCGGAUCCUGCCUCACCUGUACCUGGGUUGCCAGAGAGACGUCCUGAACAAGGAUCUGAUGCAGCAGAACGACAUUGUCUACGUCCUGAAUGCCUCCAACACCUGCCCCAAACCCGACUUCAUCCCCGAGUCUCACUUCCUCAGGGUUCCUGUCAACGACUCGUUCUGUGAGAAGAUCCUGCCGUGGUUGGACCGCUCUGUGGAAUUUAUAGAGAAGGCUAAAGCGUCCAACGCUAGAGUCCUGGUCCACUGUCUGGCGGGGAUCUCUCGCUCGGCCACCAUCGCCAUCGCGUACAUCAUGAAGAGGAUGGACAUGUCCCUGGAUGAGGCGUACAGGUUUGUGAAGGAGAAGAGGCCGACCAUCUCCCCGAACUUCAAUUUCCUGGGUCAGCUGCUAGACUUUGAGAAGAAGAUAAAAAGCCCUGAAGGCGCCGCGACCUGGCUGAAGUCCCCCAGCGCCGAGUCUCUUGUCCACCUGGAAGAAGCAGAACUUGGAGCUCACCCAGAGGCCCCCGUGGGCCCCAGCCUGGCUCUGCUGGAGCCCCUCACUCUACCUUGCGUCCUAGAUGAUGGUCCAGAGGAGCUGGCUCAGGCCCUGAGUGGUCUGCAGCUCGCCGACGGGGCUGAGGACAACACCCGCCUCAAACGCUCCUUCUCUCUGGACAUCAAGUCGUAUGGUGAGCCGGGUGGCAGCCCUGGCCACCGCAUGUUCGUCCCUCAUGCUGGAUCAGGGGAUGACUUCUACAAACCGUCAUCCUUCAAGGAAACGAACAGCAAACCGUGUCAGUUCUCUCCGGUGGAGGAGGUGUCAGAGCAGUCGACGCCUGAACAGAGUCCUGACAAGGAGGAGGCGGAUGGGCUGGAGCCGUCGCCGGCCCCCAGUAGUCUUCCCAAAGCUCUGCCCACCACCAGCAGUGUUCCGAACGCUCCCACUUCAAACUGUCCACAACAGCUGCAGCGCAGCGGCAGCGUGGGGGAGAACGCUACCAGCUUCCUGUUUGGCCAGCAGCACUGGGCCAGGGCAGGCCCUGCUGGCGCCCUGAAGGGCUGGCACUCAGACAUCCUGCUGGGGCCCGUCACUGUGUCUACGUCCUCCCUGACAGCCGGCUGGUACCUGUCCUCAGAGUCCACGCGCUUCUACUCCACGUCGGCCAUCCUGACUGGUGGUGGCUUUGCUGCGUACGGCUACGGCCAUGGCCACGGCUUGGAGGCAGUGCGGCGGCGCAGCCGGCAGCGGGCCGGUGACCGUGACGACUCGAGGCGAAGCUGGCACGAAGAGAGCAGCUUCGAAAAGCAGCUGAAGCGUCGCAGCUGUCAGAUGGAGUUCGGAGACGGGAUGAUGGACAGCCGGUCCCGGGAGGACAUGGGAAAGGUUGGCAGCCAGUCCAGCUUCUCCGGCAGCAUGGAAGUCAUCGAGGUGUCCUGACAGACCGCCAUGACCUCACAACACUAUCGGGCGGAGUCGGCCCACGCCACUGAGACGCCGCCAAUGCCAGAACAGAAUCGGCUAGUUCUGGCUGCCUGAGCUGAAGGAUAACGCAUCACAGCCGAGCCAGCAGAGACCAGGACCAGUACGGAGGAGGACCGAGGACUGGGUCCCAGGAGGACAUAGUGUUCUGAUUCAACUUUUAAACAAUGACUUUAAAUCACAUCAAUAAUCAAUAAAUUAUCAGAGAUUGGUUCCGGAUCAGACCGACCAAUCAGAGCCUGGCUGCAGAAAUGACAUCAGAACAGGAAGCAGCAGUUUGUUUGGAGGGUCAGUCUGACCUAUUGUUCCAAUUGAUCCGUAUCCUGACUGUGACGUUCCUGUUAAACUCCUGACCGGGUGUUUCCGGAACAAACGGAACGCUCAGCGUGGCCACCAGGUGGCGACGCUCACCGUAGACCGUCGCCAGAACCAGGAAACACUCCACUGUUUGGAGCUGCAUCAGGGUUCUGAAAAUGAACCGGCAGGUUGAUCGAUUGAAACGCUGUCAACGGAGCUGUGAAGGUUUCAUCUGAUCGAUCACAUUGAUUUAUUGACGGUUUGCUGGAAGUUGAGGGGGGGGGGACUGCCUCCCCCGUCCGACGAUCAGUCGGUCAUGUGAAUGCCGACUCACAGGUAAACUUGCACUACUGUGUUUGGAUGGAUUUGAUUGAAACGGUAAAAAUAAACGUGUCUAAAUGACGUCACCGCGUCGGUAUGACUGAUUAAAACUU